AGAGAGAGAGAGAUGAAUUGUGAAGAGAAGAAGGGAUUGCAAAUGAGCUGAUGAUUAUAUCUGAGCAGCACUUGUCAUCUUUUCAUAUGUAGCCUUCAUAAUUAAACACCCCUUCUCUCACCUCUUCUCUCUCUCUCUCUCCAUCCAUCUUUUGCAGUUUCUUUGCCCCUCAACUUUAUAAUUUCUGUGCACAUAUGCGUGUGUCUAUAUAUAUAUAUAUAUACAUACACACACUAGGUAGCUUGAGUCCAAUCAGAAUUAUGAUUCAGAGAUGAUGGAGUAAAAGAUACAUACGUUUUUAUAGCCUUGAAGUUGACUCCAUUUCUGUCCUGCUGCUGCUGCUGCUGCUCUCUGCUCGUAGUGGUGGUGGCGGUGGUGAAUUUUAUGCAGCUCAGUUACCUACCUACUGCCUAUAUAUAGAUACAUAUAUAUAUGUGUGAUGGAUAAUACGGCGGCGGCGGCGGCGGCGGAAUCUUCUGUUCCUCCCGGAUUCCGAUUCCAUCCCACCGAUGAAGAGCUUGUCGGCUACUAUCUCAGGAAGAAAGUCGCCUCCCAGAAGAUCGAUCUUGAUGUCAUCAGAGAUAUCGAUCUCUACAGGAUUGAGCCAUGGGAUCUUCAAGAAAAAUGUCGAAUCGGAUACGAAGAGCAAAACGAAUGGUAUUUCUUCAGCCACAAAGACAAGAAGUACCCGACAGGAACCCGAACCAACAGAGCAACCAUUGCCGGGUUUUGGAAGGCCACCGGAAGAGAUAAGGCCGUGUUUAAUCGAAACAAGCUCAUCGGCAUGAGGAAGACUCUUGUCUUCUACAAAGGUCGAGCGCCAAAUGGACAGAAAACCGACUGGAUUAUGCACGAAUACCGGCUCGAAUGCGAUGAAAAUGGCCCUCCACAGGCAAAGGGUUGGGUCGUUUGCCGGGCUUUCAAGAAACGGGCGACCGGGCAAAUGAAGAGCAGCGUCGAAGGUUGGGAGACAUACUACUACGACGAGCCAAGCCAUGCUAUUAGAACCGCGGGUUUGGACUCCAUCGACCUGAUAACAACAAGACAACCUAAGGAGCAACAACCUCAACAUCACUCGAACUACCUAAGCCAGAAUUUGAUCUGCAAGAAGGAGACAGAAUCCAAUGAGAACUUAUUACAUAUCCUCCAAUCGAACGAUGAUCCAUUUGUGCAGCUCCCGCAGCUGGAAAGUCCAUCACUACAGCCGCCGCCACCGGUGAAAGCAGCACUGGUUGUUUCUCCGGCUGCCCGAGAAGAUAUCAGUAAGAAUGGAGGUGAUUCGAAGAAAGUUACGGAUUGGAGAGACCUCGACAAAUUUGUUGCAUCUCAGCUGAGCCAUGGAGAGGGGGUGGAGGCCGGGGUAGGGUUCGAUAGCCAUGGUGAUUAUUCGGAUUUAGGGUUUCUGCUGCUGCAGAGCCAAAGUUGAUGAAUGAAGCUUCUAUAGUCUAUAUAUAUAUAUAUACAUAUAUAUAUAUUUGAAUAAUUGAAAUAUUGUUUGUGGUAAUGAAGGAGGCAUACUAACGUUGUCAUUUGAUAUAUAUAUAUAUAUAUAUGUUUUGUAUGUAUGUGAUUUUUGUGAAAACUAAGAGAUCUCUCUCUCUCUAUAUAUCAAUUAAUAGUGCAUCCAUAUAUGUUAAUGAUUUAUGAAUUAUUG